ACAGACCAAGGAGGGAAGCAAAAUGCUGAAUGGAUGCUUCAGCUGUUUCUCUUCUCAACCAAUCAGAGCAGCUGCUUCCUGCUUCUAGCAUCUGGGCUCUGUGAUUGGUCGGCUGCAGCAGAGAUGCAGACAGAAGAAUAAACAAGAAGGAGAAGAAACAGUCGGGCAGGGAAGGCUGUUCUUUGCACCUCUCUCUUCCAGUGCCUCAUUGGUUCUUCUGUCACGUUUGCCUCCGCUCUCUGUUUGCUUGCUCAUGCUGCUUCCUGAGCCAAGAGUGAUGGCUUCAUUUCAUGAGAUAAACCUGCAGCCCACCGACUGCAGCUGCUGUUUGCCCAGCGGCAUCGUGGGAGUCGCAUCUCCUAGGUGGCGCAGGAGGAUGGCUGACGGACUGAGGAUUGUGGGUCAGCAGAGUUUGGAGAUGUGAGCUGGUGGCCAGACGAGGCUCAAGCGAACUCUUGCUCUCUUUGGUUGCCUCUCAUCUUUCGGUUUUUGCCUCAAAUCAGUCGCACAUUUCUCCAUCCGUGUCCCUCCUGACCUGCACCUGUCUGAGGAGGAAGCAAAAUGGGCUGCCGUCUUACUCGAGCCAAGGCAAAGGCAAAGGCCCGUGAACCUUCCCGGCAUCACCACAGAGAGCAGUUGCACUUUGUUGAUGAAUAUGGCCAGCCAAUCACUGUGCAACUGGAGGACCAAAGGGGGCAUGCUCACAGAAGGCGACACUCCCGGCGUGCGACUGAAUGCAGUACCACAACAGAAAGACAAUGGGAAGCCUUGAGAGCAAUGGGAUUGGUGGAGGGACAGGAAGUUCAAGAAGACAGCUACAGUACAGGACCUUAUUAUGGACACAUGUCCGUGUCACCUGACCUCUACCCUGCCAGUAAUCAUAUGUUGAUGCAACCCGAAGUGUACUCAUCUAACGGCUACAUGCCCACAUCAUCAGAUGAACGACAUCCGUGUAACAGCUACCUGCCCAGUGUCUCAUACAGCUUAGACCACCUGGACCGACUUGAUUAUCAAGGUCCAGAGAUGUUGCCUUACGAGCCUAACUCAGACAGUUGUCUCAUUGGCUGCUAUGGUGGAGAGGAAAUGGAACCUAAGAAUUUCCCCCGACAGGCAAACUAUCAUCCUGCCUGGAGGUCUGAUCGUCCCCUAGGAUACCUUCCCCUUAGCGAGCUUGACAGUGGCUUGGGAUGUGGCCCUGACAGCCCACAUCACAGAGUGGCACUCUCCGAAGCCGAGACAGAUGCCAUGUCAUCAUUGCCAGGGCACACCCCUUCAUCCCAGGGCUCCUCCUCCUCUUCAGAGUCCCUGAUUUCCUCAGAGCCCAGUGACUCUGGCUUUCACAGCGUCAGCACCGGGGAACACAGGCGACUGCACAAGAUACAUGGCAGUCACACUCAACGCCAAGCCCACCUCCUCCGCUCAGGCCAUUCCCCUCGAGACCAGAGAGGACGCUGGGAUCUGGAGUCCAUCCCUGAAACAACCCCAAUGAUCCACAGCGGAGCACCACGUGCAUCUCAAUGCUCAGUUGGUAACAGCACAACCACUGUGGUUCACUUUCACAGAGCUGAGAGGAGCCCCACUCUACCACGACACCUGUCACCACCGUCGCCCUCCAGUGGUUGUCGGACUGAGCCUUGCCAGCGUAGGGCGCUGUGGUUGGAACAGCAGCACCAGCUCCAAGGAAGAGGCAGGACAAUGGAAGCUCCAGGGAGGAGUCGAACAAUAACAGAUCUGAGUGAAGCACAGAGACACCGGAGGGCAAGUCACCCCGAUAUGAUCUAUUCAAACACUCAGAGAAAUGCACAGCAAAACAUCUGUGCAGGCACAACUAAAAACACAAUGGGCCCCAGGAGCAGGGCCAGUUAUCCCAGCAACUUUCAUCCCCCAAGUCACCUCAGUAUAGACAGAACCAGUAUCACCAACUAUCAAAACAUGUUCAGAAACAGCCGGAGCUCUAGUCGCAGUAGAGAGGAGGAUUCUUUGUCCAAGAGUCCUGGAUCUGGCUCCAGUGGCAUGCCAGAGUGGCGAGGCUCUCAGACUCUUGGAAGUCGCACAGAGAAACCCAAAAGUGUAUCUGUUCCUUGUUACAGCACACUUGGAGCCCCUCAACCAGGUCCUCGAUCUCCACCCUCUCCCCGCUCUAGACUGUCCAACCAGAAGUCCGUUAGGAACCAACUGCUCAAAGCCAGAGCUUACCGACUGGCUAGAGAACGCAGUGAGGUCACAACAGAUGAAGAAGUAAGAGGAGAUGGGGCAAGAGAAGGGGACGAGGAGGGGGAUGAUGGUCGACGAGCGGGACGGUACUGGAGUCGAACAGAGAGAAGGCGCCACUUGGCGCUGUCGCGGCAACACAGAGAGAGAAGGGGGGGGGCAGAGGAACAGGUGGGGAUGGGCCUGGGGCCUUUGUCUUCUCAGACGGUACUAGAGCUGAGCCACAUGAAGCAGAACCGCCUGAGGAACAGUAAGUUACUUGAUGACUGGACAACAGUGGAGGAGCUGCUGACACAUGGCACACGAGUGGAGAGUGACAGUCAGCUUUGUCCCAGCCCUCUUUUGUCAGUUACUACUGUCUAAUGAGAGCUCAGUCUACUACACCUGCUUUACGGUUUUACAUCAGCUCUUUGUGAAUGCUCAAUGGAAAGAGCUCAACUAAGUAUUCAUUUAUGUGUUUGCAAUGCACUUUGCAAUAAUACCAUCAAACAGUAUGAUUGCAACAGGCAACAGACUUGGUUAGCUUGGCGCUAACCAAGCAUGCAACAACUCAGCACAAUGUCAGAAAUUUAAACUGUGAAGAGGCUCCUGUCCUCUGCCUGGUUAUACUGCUGUCAUAUUAAAGUCUGCAUUGACGAUGAUGGACAUGGAGUAGCAUAGGUUGCACAUCAUGAUUUUUUGUCGAUACUCAGUGUAUAGUUAUUAAUGACUGGAAUUGAAAAGGGUAAAAAAAUAUGUAAAAACAAUAGUGAAAUGAAGCAGAGCUGAGGAAAAUACAGGGAAUCUAAUGCUACCAAACAAACUGAUCAAAGCUGUUAUGACCCGUUUCAAUCCAACUCAGAAAGUAGACAGUCUACAAUACUAUCAGGAAAAUAAAGGUCCCAAAUUGUCUGUUUAAAGCAGAACCCAAAAAAAGGUUGUUAUUGUAAAUACAACAAACAUCUAUGGUCUAAAAAGACCAGAUUUAUCAAAGUUUUGUGUUCCCUGAAUGAUGAUGACACAAUCAAAAUGGUUCAGGAAGGUCUUGUGAGUCCACUUCAAAUUCUUCUGAUCAAAUCCAUAAAUAUUAGUUAUUCCCGUUGCAAUGAUUAUUGGAUUUACACAACAUUUUUGAGUUUUUAAAAAAUCCUUAACAAGCCAGUAACAAGGUCUCCACAAGCCCCCAAUGAUCCACCGGUGUAAUAUUUAAUUAUGUAAAAGCUACUAUAGGGAAUUUAAGCAAAAGUUAGAGAAUAAAAAAAACCAUGAAACCAACAUAUAUCCUAGAAAUCUAGGAUUAAAUGACUCAGCAAACAACUUGAAUGCAGUAAUCCCUGUUCAAAUUAGAAAGUGCUGCCGAUUUGAAACCAUUAUGGGGCCCAAUAUACAUAAUGUUAGAAAAAUAUGAACCCAAGCAAGAAAUGGAAUAAAAGAUUUUCAUGACCCAAUUCAUUCUGAACACAUUCUGUUUUUCUGUUCUUUUUAGAUAAUUCCAAUUAGUGAAAUGAAUGUAAGGGGAGCCUUUAUAAAUGCUGUACACAUAACAAUGAGCAAUCUUUGUGUAUUCUUGUUACAUAGCAUGACACUGGGGAACUGAAAAGAAGAAUGACUUACCAUCAUUGGAUGACUUGAAACAAACUACACUUAGUUGGAUGGAACAUCUACUGUGACCAUUUCGGGUCCAAGACGCAGAAAAAAGACAGGGAAAAAAAACUGGAACAUCUGUCAUAAAUUUGGAUGACAUUACAAAUUUAUAUCUGCAACAAUCACAUUGAUUCAUGAAUGAUAAAGAGAGCAGACACAGAAAUAGACUGCAGUGAGGAGUAAAGAACAGGCCUAGUUUGGGUUUGAACACCAAAACCUUCGGGUCUGGAGCAGGAUAACUAAAGGUAUGGUACAGUUUUACCCAGGCCAGGCUUAAUAUAAGGUAAUUAAAAAAAGGAAAGUUUAAGGUCUAGACUUUAAAGAUAGUGUAUGCCCCUUAAACUGAACUCCUAAACUAAAUUUGAGAAUUUGCAUGUAAAUAUGAGGAGUUUGAAACCCAAAUUUAAAAGAAAAAAAGAGCUUUAUUUAUUGAUUGAUUUGAUGCAUUGAUUGGAGACAAUACAACAGGAAUUGACACAUAUACAUAAAACUCAGUGCUAAAAUAAUUAAAUGUUUAUUUCAAAAAUAAAUACAAAAAAACAAGAAAAAUUAACAUAAACAUAAAGAAACAAUGUAAUUACUUAUAAAUAGAGAUUUUUGCAAUGAUUCAUACAAUUCACACUUAAGUCACAUUAUAUUAACUUAAUAUGAUUAUAAACUAAAGUCAAGUAGAGUUUGAGUUAUUGCUUGCAAAGGAGUGGCAGAAAGUGUUACACGACUCGUUUCUCAUCAUCCCAGGUAAAGUGCAAGUGGUCACAUGACCUACACAUCCAUACUGAUGUUUCUUAAAGUAAGCAAUGGAAACAAAAAGCAAAGUAUUUGUUUUGUAAAGACAUUUAAACUAGAUUUCCUGUGCAACUUUAGUCAAAUCUGGAUCUCAGCUGCAGUGACAGACUUUUAGCUGACUAACCAACCUGAGGAAUGUGAUCGAAGCUACAAAUGAAGUCCUAAUUGAACAAUUCAUACUUUUAACCAAAAGCUAGAAAAUCUAUUACAAGCUGAACCUUGCCACAAUUAGAAAGGCUGCUUCACAGGAGACUUUCUGCAUGUCAGUAUGAGUUGAAGGAGUGAAGAUCUGCAGGGAUUUCUUCACACUCCAGACCGCCUGUGACUAAAUGUCACACAAGUGCUUUUGCCUUGUGGAAAAGUUGUUUACUGCCUUUGCUUCUGUAUUUGUUGCAGAAAACUUUAAAGGAGAACUGAACAGAAACAGGAAACUGUUUACUCCGGUCACUCAUUGGAGGACUGCUCCACAAUCAGAAAACUUUUGUCUCCUCUGAGAUGCAGAUUCUCCACGGUUCCUCUUUAGUUUGUCUCGGCUUUCUCCUGAGACUUUUUUUUAAAAAAUCUUGUCCCAAAGAGAUGGAAUGUGUAAAUACACAGGCAUCAGCCUGGAGAGACUCCACCAGCUUGGCUUUUUCACCUUUAGUGGUUUAACUGUCAAGUCUUAAACACUUCAGUGCUGGAAAACUUAAAAAAAACAUGUUUUACUCCACACAACCCCAGAGUUUAGCUGAAAUCUACCCCAUUAGGCUUUAGCAUAUUUACUGAAAAACUUGAACAAAGGUGAUUCAUGUGAACAAAACAGCUGACUCAGCAGAGACGGGUUUUGCCCUUUUUAGGUCAAAAAUCCCAAAGCAGCCUCAUAGAAAUGCUUCAUUGUGAAACCACAAACAGCAAUAAACUACAUUUCUGUUGUGGGAGAUGAACUGGCAACUGUGUAAAUAACAGUUUUAUAUGUUGAAUUCUGGUAAAUUCCAGUAUAGGCUUUUUUCCCUAAACCACCACCAACAGACUUAUGACAUAAAACUAAACAAACGUCUGUUCUUUGCACUUUUUGUAUACUGCUCAGUGUUUUGGGUUUAAAGAACAAUAUUUAGCUGUAAUCUGUUCCUUUCUCUACCUCUAUGCCGGUCCCAAGCCCGGUUGCUUUGAGAGGGUUGCGUCAGGAAGGGCAUCCGGCGUAAAACAUUGCCAAGUUUCCCAUGCGACUCGUUCGCUGUGGCGACCCCAGAUGGGAAAAGCCGAAAGAGAAACAUUUAGCUGUAAUCAGAUGAGAUUGAUUAUGGGAUGGACGGAAGCCAAGCAGACAAUCAACGAACCACUUUCACACUCGGCUCUGCAGUUACAGAUCUGACUGGCUUUGGUUGAGACGUGUGGUGCUGUGAGGGUUUUGACUGCAGAGAUGCAUAUAAAAAAGAAGACGGGAGGCAGUGAAGAAAGACGAAAGUAAGGCAUCCGGAAAGUCAGAAAGGGAGUGUGGGAGGGGAUAUUAGGUUACGAUGGAAAGACAGAAGGAAGAAUUGAUGAAAUAAGACAAAUGAAAGGUGAUCUCACCCUAACAACCCCUUGUAAUCCAAAAAACAUAUUUCCUAUAAUUCAGGGUUUCAGUUACAAAAAGCAGUCAAAUAUUCACCUGUGUCCUUAAUGUAGGGCAAAAAGCUUAGUUAACUAAGUGCUGAUGGUGGCUGAUUAAAAAUUCUAGGUUGCAAUGAUCAACAUAAUCUAGGAGAAAUGUUUUUAAAAGACAUGGAAAAUCGUAAAGAAAAGAUGACACUGCAGUGAGGUCUGUAAAACUGCCUCAGAUAAAAGUUUUGAGAUGCUUUGGAAACCUUAUGGGUCACACACCCCCUCCUCCUGUGAUUGUCACUGCAGCACCGACUGUAAGCAGCAGUUGCAGUCGGAUGAGACAUUUAGACCGGUAAAGUGCAACCAGGAAAAAGAACUCUGCACACUGGUGAACAUAACCGACUCAUUUUCACGUCUCCGCAGAGCUGCUGGACUGAAUCCGCUGUGAAGGAAACAGUAAAACAUUCAGGAUAAGAGACCUGUACUGGGAAAAACUGACCUACUUAACAGCUAAGCUAAAACAUUUGAAAUAGUGCUGUCACUACCCGAUUCGUCCCUGCAUGCGGGAAAUGCGUCUACUUCUGCUAAAGCAGCUAGCUAGCUCUUGAGAUCCUAACAAUAAUAAUUACCUCAUAAAAUCGUGACAAUGAUGGAACAUUUUAUUUUAAUGUUGACAAAAAAAAGAAAAAAGUUACACUUCAGGACUCCUCUUUGCACAUGUGCAAAUGCUCUUCUUCUGCUGCUUCUUCGUUGACUCCCCAGUCUACGAGGACUCCACCACUUUAUGAACUCAGUUCACACAGACACGUUAACAGUUCAUUUAGCUGAAAGCGGCUGCAGUAGCCAGAGGGCAUCUCCUCAAAGUUAAACGCUCUCAGUUCUCCUCUUUUCCAGUUACCAGCAUAGUCUGUAAUAAAAUAAAACCUUGAAAUAGAGAGAAGAAUGGCUCCAAACUAUGUGGCUUUGAUGAUUUAUACAUAAUUGUGAUUCAUUGUCUGUAAUGACAACGAUAUUAGAGUAUACAGUGUUGCAUUGAGGCCACAUUCCUUUAUUUUAAGAUGCUGUAAUCUGAGUUAUGUGCUGUUUAAAUGCCUCGAACAAUUGUAAAGGAGGCAGAACUGUCAGGAAAUGCUACCACAAAUGCUAAACUGUGGAAAAGUUGGCAACUAGAGGAAGUAACGUCCAAUUUGUGCGUGUGGGGUACUGAUCGGGUUUCCAGUCCAGAUUCCCUUUGUUGUGGCUAAUGGCUGUUCUUGAAACAUGUAUUUUUUUAUAUUCAUUUUUUUGUCAUGCUGAAGUACAACAAAACUAACAUGUAUUAAAGAGACUGUAACAGGUUGCAUUGCAUCCUUUUAUAGAUAUUUUGAUAGGGUCAUCAUUUCUUCUUUUGACAAAACUAACAUUGUGACAAUCCUGUGGCCCAAUCAUGUUUGGAGGUGAAGACCCAACAAGUUCACCAUCAGGCUCUAAGCUCUCGGAAACAACGCAUCAGUGGGGACAAACAUAAAGGAACGCACACAUUCAAAAAGGAAAGAAGAACGAGACUCAAAACCAGAUUCACAGGAUUUCUCUGAAUUUUUCUAUUCAUUUUACAAAUAAUCAGAAAUUACAUUUAAUUUCACAAACACCCGAAGAUGUAGAAUAGUUUUGUUUAUUUUUGUAAUGUAAAAAAUAACUUAUUUUUUUAAUGAAGCAUAAUCUUAAACCACGUUGAUCCUUUCCAGCAGGACAUUUAUGGGAUGUAAAUAGUUCCAAAACUGAAACUAGUCGUUUGUGAAAUAAACUCAGAGGAAAACAUGCAGGUGAAACUCUGCUGAUAACAAACCACUUUAGCAUAUUUACAACACAUUUGAUCCACUUUAAAUCAUAAAUAAAUAUGUUCAGUUCAGAUCAAUAACAAGAAGGUGAAAAUCCACGAAUGCAUCACACAGAGAUCCUUCCACCAGAGAAUACAACACAGAGAAGACAGAAGCAGGCUGUCGAACAAUGUGAGAAAUGUUUGUUAGAGCAAAAGACUGUGGUGUAACCAUGUACUGCAUUCUGAAACUCUUCAAUGCAGCUCUGUAGAGAUUCAUGUCUUUUUAUUUUCAUAUUUCUAAUGGAUGGAGGAAAAAAAAAAGAAAUGCAUCAUGGGAAGAAAUUUCAGAAUCGAGCAACAAAUAUGUAAGAACAAAUAUAUUUAAGGAUUUUUUUUUCUCUGAACCUUGUGUCUAUAAGACAAAGAAAGUUUGAUACUAACUUGUUAGUAUUGUAUGACCAAAGCUAUUUGGGUAUGUGGAGGGUGUGGAAGUAUAUUUUCAUCUUGUUUGUGAUAUUUUUUAUAUAUUUUCUUUCCCCUAAAUGGAUUUGUUGCUUUUCAGAACCAUCCUGCUACACCUGCAGUCCAUGUGGAGACCUUUAAUCUCAAACCAAGCCUGCUACUGCCUGAUUGGUGGAGAAAAAUAAGACACAUACACUAUUUUUUGCACUAUAGGGCGCAGCACAUCAUAAGGCGCACAGCCAAUGAAUGGUUUAUGUACAGACGUGUCAUAUAUACGGCGCACCGGACUAUAAGGCGUGUUGAGCGAGACAAAAGAGUCAGAGAAAAGUCAGUCAGUCAGACUUUAUUAACUGCAUUUACAGUAACUCUAGAACUGGUUUGCAACACACUACACGUUCGCCACGUUAGAAGCAUUAACCAUGUUAGCGUUUUCACGAUACCUGUUACUCCCAACCUUGUUUGUAAAAAAAAAA